AUGCCUUCUGAAAUCAAAUUCGUACGUAUUAAAGGAGAGUUGGCGAUUAAAUUGGGGAGAAGAUUCGAGUUGUUUUGUUGCGAGUUGUUGAUGAGGCACUUUGAAGAAUUAGAUGCGAUAGUUACACACACGGGAAUCGAAAGCACAUCGGGCCACUGUUUCGGCAGUGAACGUUCUUCUCAGUUGUCAGUGAUCCCGUCCGUCGCGUUGCCCGGGGAUUUAAUGAUGAAUAAGAUACAUGUUGGCGCCAACCAC